GAAAAGCCCUGUGGGACGAAGUGAUUAACAGGUUGAAUUGAUCUCAUUCACAUUUUGGAUAAGCUCUUCUUUGACAGGGUCGCUUUUUCUGACACAAGAUUAAGACAGCACCUUUACAUAAGUGAGGAUGAUGAUGGUGAGUGAUGACUGUUUGGUGGAGUGUAAGAUCGAUGAUGACAGUGAAGAGGAAAAUACAGGAGGAGAUGAUCAAUUAAAGAUCCCUCCACCUCCUCCAGAGUUUGCAUCCAAAGCCUCCACCCCAGGGCCAAAACCUCCAACUCCUCCCACAGCCGCCACCACGCCCACACCAACACCUACACCUACACCUGUACCUUCACCCACCCAGCCUGUCAACAGAGACCCUUAUGGCAUCAACAAGCACCUAAAGGUGGAUGUCAGUGAUGUGCUGGUGGAGCCCACCACCACUCAGAGCAUAGAGCUGUUCUGGUUAAUUAGUGUGGCCGGCUUUGAGAAGACUCGUAUCUGGACUUACCGCUGCCUCUCUCUGCUGUUGGCCGUGCCCUUUGCACUCCUCUGUGGUGUAUUUCUGGCUAUUCUCGCCUGUCUACAUGUCUGGUUUUUGGUUCCUUGCAUACAGCUGAGCAACACCUUCAUCCCAUGCCUUCGCUCCUUGUGUUUGUGUUCUGUGAAUGUUUUCAUCUCUCCCUUUUGUACAUCGAUCGCUCUCUGCUGCAGCCAAAUUACAAUUUUACUGACGAGAAGAGACUGGUAUCCAGUCAGAGACAAAGAGGCUGUUUGA